UAAAAGUACCUCUAGAAAGAUAGAAAGAUAAAAACAAAGAUUCCCUUCGGAGGCACCGUCACCUCCUCCAGGAUUCUCAGGUAAGAUGGUCCUGAUGAGAGUGAUGCUGUCGGUGUCUCUCUGCCUGCUGCUGACGUCCAUCGCCUCGGGCUGUGGACCGGGCAGGGGGUACGGAAAGCGGAGGCACCCAAAGAAGCUGACACCGCUGGCUCUGAAACAGUUUAUCCCCAACGUGGCAGAGAAAACCCUGGGAGCCAGCGGCAAGUACGAAGGCAAGAUCACGCGCAACUCGGACAGGUUCAAGGACCUGACUCCCAACUACAACCCCGAUGUCAUUUUUAAGGAUGAGGAAAACACCAACGCAGACCGACUCAUGACACAAAGGUGUAAGGACAAACUGAACUCUUUGGCUAUUUCAGUCAUGAAUCAGUGGCCCGGAGUUAAACUUCGAGUCACAGAGGGCUGGGAUGAGGACGGCCAUCACUCUGAGGAGUCUUUGCACUAUGAAGGCAGAGCGGUGGACAUUACCACCUCAGACCGGGACAAGAGCAAGUAUGGCAUGCUGUCCAGGCUGGCUGUGGAGGCGGGCUUUGACUGGGUCUACUAUGAGUCCAAAGCCCACAUCCACUGCUCUGUGAAAGCAGAAAACUCUGUGGCAGCGAAGUCUGGAGGUUGCUUCCCUGGUUCGUCCAUCGUGAUCCUGGCAGACGGACGGACUAAACCACUGAAGGAGCUCCAGGUGGGAGACAAGGUGCUGACUGCUGACCAACAAGGAAAUGUUGUUCCCAGUGACUUUCUCAUGUUCAUGGACCAGGACCAACAGAUUAUCAGAGAGUUCCAUGUCCUGGAGACUGACGAGCCUCGCUGCAGACUGACACUGACUCCAGCUCACCUUGUCUUUGUUAUGAACAGCAACAGUACCAACAGCAGGGACAUUAAGGCCGUGUUUGCCAGUGAUGUAAAGCUAGGACAGCGGCUUCUUGUUGUUGGGAAAUACCAGCCCGACCGCCUCAUUCCUGCAAGAGUGACAAGAAUUCAUGUGGAGAAUUAUCAAGGGUCUUAUGCGCCUGUAACGUCUCAUGGAACUAUCAUAGUUGACUGGGUUUUGGCGUCUUGCUAUGCAGUGGUUGAAGAUCAUGACCUUGCACACUGGGUUUUUGUGCCAGUCCGACUGUGGCGCUCAUUCUUGUCGCUGGUUGGGAUGGUGAAAGAGCUCAGCAGUGUAUACCAAACAGACGGAGUCCACUGGUACCCAGAGCUCCUCCACCAUGUGGGAAGUUGGAUUUUGGACAGUAGUUCUUUUCACCCACAAAGCUGAGAUUUAUAUAGCUUUGACAGACUGAACAUUCACAGCAAAUUUUUUCAUCAGCAUUUUUUUGGUCUUACCUAAGGCUGAACAUUAAAAAAUGCUUUUAAAGUUGAUAGAGAUCACUUUCUACACAUCCUCUUUGAGAGAGCGCACACAGAUGUUACUUUUUUUUUUUUCAACAUGUUUUAGUAUCAUUCAGGUUUAUCACAACUUGGCUGUGAUUUUUGUAGUUUUGACCAGUGUUCUUUACAUCAAUUACAUUGUGCUCACAAAAAGUACUGCUGAGAUCUGGGAACACAGUGACACUGCUAUAAGUUAGCCAGAUAUGGCAAGAAACACAUUUGCCUUUGUUUUGUCUUCCAAGUGAGUUUUUUAAGCUGUAAAUCGGAAUCAACCUUUUUAAACACAGAAGUCAGACAAUAACACAAACAAAACAACCAAUCAAGGCAGC